UGUUUUACUCUUCCUCUUGUUUUCUCUUAAUCCGUUUACUGCCAUGUUCCGUGCUGUUGCUACCCGUGCUCAAGUCGGUCGCGUCCUCGGCCGCCGCAAUGCCUCGACCAAUGUUGCUGUCCAAAAUUUGGAGACUCGCUGGAAGACUCUUUCGACUGCUGAACAAAACACCAUCGCUAAGCAGCUCGAAGAAGCCCAAAAGGCCGACUGGAAGGUCUUGUCUACUGACGAGAAGAAGGCUGCCUACUACGUUGCUUUCGGUCCCCACGGUCCCCGUGAGCCCAUUACCAAGCCUGGCCACAAUGGCAAGGUCGUUGGUGGUGUCGUUGCCCUCUUGGCAGCCUCCGGUGCCUUGUUCUACGUGAUCCGUAGCAACGGUCAAGAGAAGCCUCACACCUUCAACAAGGAAUGGCAAGAGGCUACCAACGAGUACCUCAAGAGCCAGAACUCCAACCCCAUCUCUGGUAUUUCCUCCGAGGGCUACAAGGGCACUGGCUACGUUGGCAACUAAAGCAGCUCGUUCGCGUCGUGUACCCUCUUCCGCCUUUUUCUUUCUCCUCCAUCUCCCAUAAAGCAUCAUACUAGACUAGAACAACCAACCUAGACUAUGUUUUUUUAAUCUCUUUAAAAAUCUCGAUUCCUUUCUUGUUCUUUUGAGAUUUGUAAAAUAUACACACCAUUGCUGCUGGCAUAUGCAUGAGAACAUUGCGUCUCUUUAUAAAACAAUGGAUGUCACUUGUUUUUUUACGAUUAUUUGCGGUUACACGGUCGACCAGAUAACCCGAGCGUUCUUGUGUG